GCAGCAGAAACAGCAACGGUGACGGUGACGGUGACGGUGACGGUGACGGCGACGGCGACGGGAAGGGAAGGGAAGGGAAAAGUACAAGCACGACGGUGGAGAGGAAGGCAGUACAGCCGCGUGAUUUUGAAUGCGAACGCAGCCGUAACUGUCAACGGUCGGAUUCGGAAGUCUCGCGAACUGCACGGUUCCCGUAAGGCUUCUCCGGUAUCUAUCGCUACAUUUUCGACGCAUAAACAUCGUCAACGUUGCGUCGUAUCGUCAUCGUGUUCGAUCUGGUGAAAAACCGGCCGUUUUACGGUGUAGCAACUACGGCGUGAGAACGCGACUAAGUGACCAUGGACGACAACAGGUUUAGCAUCGAUACCGGCAACAAAGUAUAUAUCAAGAGGACAAACGGUCGUAUCCACUCGGCGAUCGUUUGCGGCAUUAGUUGGUUACACCGCACCCUCACCGUAGAAUGGGUGGAGAACGGAGAGACCAAGGGAAAAGAGGUGGAGAUGGACGCGAUCGCCGACAUGAAUCCCGAAUUCAUCAUGGAACCACCAUGGAGAAGUUACAUGUCAAAGCAUUCAACCAAGCCAUCGAUUCCAGUGAAAGCGGGUUCCAGCAAACAAACGUCCCGACAGGCUGGACGGCCAACCAAUAUAAUGCCAUCCGGUAGCACCGUAAACGGUCUCUCCGGGACAUUGCCUGCGUUCACGGCGCGCCGAGAGGUGGAGAACAUACCACCGACACCUACGGCUACGCCCGCUAUCGUCAAUGUCACCUCGGUAGCGCAGGCCAAGCAAAAGCAACAACAGCAGCUACAGUCGCAGCAGCAGCAGCAACAGCAGCAGCAGCAGCAACAACAACAACAACAACAACAACAGCAACAACAGGUUCAGGUAGAGAACGGUAGAGGAAGGCGGUCGAACGUGGUAAAAGAGGUCGAGAGGCUGAAGAAGAACCGAGAAGAGAGAAGACAAAGGCAAGCCGAGUUGAAAGAGGAGAAGGAGGCUCUCAUGAAUUUAGAUCCCGGUAAUCCGAAUUGGGAGUUCCUCGCUAUGAUAAGGGAGUACCAAAGCAGCAUAGAGUUCAGGCCGCUUCGAGAAACGGAUGCCGUGGAAGACCACCAGAUCACGGUGUGCGUUAGAAAACGUCCGUUGAACAAGAAGGAGAUAGCGCGCAAGGAGGUAGACGUGAUCACGGUGCCUAGCAAAGAUCAGAUAGUGGUUCACGAGCCGAAAGCCAAAGUCGAUCUAACCAAAUACUUGGAGAACCAAAUCUUUCGAUUCGAUUACGCGUUCGACGAAACUUGCAACAACGAGAUAGUUUACAAAUACACCGCCAAACCUCUGGUGCAGACUAUUUUCGAAGGUGGAAUGGCCACGUGUUUCGCUUACGGUCAAACGGGAAGCGGAAAAACGCACACCAUGGGUGGCGACUUUAACGGGAAAACGCAGGAUUACAAAAAGGGCAUAUACGCGAUGGUUGCCAAAGACGUGUUCAAAUGCAUCAAAUUGGAGAAGUAUCGGCCGUUGAAUCUCGUGAUAUCAGCCAGUUUCUUCGAAAUUUACUCCGGCAAGGUUUUCGAUCUGCUGGCAAACAAAGAGAAACUUCUCCCCCCCCUUUCCCCCCCCCCCCAGGUGCAAAUAGUCGGACUGACGGAGAAGAUGGUAGAAACUUGCGACGAAGUAUUGAAACUGAUACAGCACGGGAACAGUGCCAGAACCAGCGGACAAACCAGUGCAAAUUCCAAUUCCUCGCGGUCGCACGCGGUCUUUCAAAUCAUUGCACGAACACCGGGCACGCACAAGGUCCACGGAAAAUUUUCCCUUAUCGACCUUGCUGGCAACGAAAGAGGAGCAGAUACGUCUUCCGCCAACAGACAAACUCGAAUGGAAGGUGCAGAGAUCAACAAAUCGCUGUUGGCACUGAAAGAAUGUAUUCGCGCGUUGAGUCGCAAAGGCACGCAUUUGCCAUUCAGGGCGAGCAAGUUGACGCAAGUAUUGAGGGACAGCUUCAUCGGUGAAAAAUCAAAGACCUGCAUGAUAGCAAUGAUCAGCCCCGGAAUGUAUUCCUGCGAACAUUCGUUGAACACUCUCAGAUACGCGGACCGAGUGAAGGAGCUGGCCGCGACUGACCCAACGGAAGUAAAAGUUUCCCCGACGGACGACGAGCGGGAAUUAAAAAUAGAGGAACAGUCGAAUAACAGCGUGUUAUCGGACAGCGAUUUGGCGCAGCUUCGAUCGCUGAACGAAGGCGAGAUUUCACAAGAUCUUUACACGUUCCACGAAGCGGUAUCCGCGUUGCAAAUGUUGGAAGAGGAAGUCUUAGAUACGCACAAAGUGGUCAUGGAUCAUACGACCAAAUUUCUCAAUGACGCGCAUAACGUGUUUAGUGCGACUCACGAAGUAGAUUAUGACCAAGAAGAGUAUGCCCAAAAAUGGGAACAUCUGUUGGUGCAGCAGCGCGAUACCUUGAAUGCCGCAAUUGAUCAAGUCAGUCAGUUUCGUGGACAGUUGUUGCAAGAAGAACAAAUCAGCCAGAAGAUGACGCGAACUCGUAACUCACGAUAUUAAUGUGGAUGCUAUUACGCGCGCGCGUGAAAGGGAGAGAGAUAGAGUGUGUGCGUGCGUGCCUGAAUGAGUGGGUGAGAAUGAACGAUUGGGAGAGGGAUAGAUGAUGGGGGUGUUGGGG